AUGGAGUUACUUCCAAGUCAACAAGGUGAAUUAGAAAUUAGUUCAAUAUCAUGGUUUGGAGAUGAAAAAGAAAAAUGUAGUCUUCCAAACUCUCCAAACGUUCAUGAAAAUUCAAAAGCAACAGUUGAUUUUCAUAUUCUUAAACAAUUACUUGACCGAUUUGAGCUUGCCGAAAAAGAAUUAAGACGAUUAAUUACCGAAAUAUCUUUUCCUAAAAAUAUAAAUGAAUUUGAGAAAUUUAUAUUUUCAGAAAUUAUUAAUCCGGAAACAACAAAUGAACAAAUUAUCGAAAUGAGAAAACUUUAUCAUGAACUUAAAAAAAGUGAUCAAGACCACUCUAAAAUUCUAGAAAAUAUUUGCGAUUCCGAUGUUCUCGAGUUUUCUACGACCAAGAGUUCUUCAACUCAACAUGAAAAGCAGUCUGAUGCAAAUGAUAAUACACGUAUUAAUAAUCCUGAAAAUAAAUCUUGUGUAAAAAAAAAAAAGUCUGAGAAGUUGAAAAUCAAAAAUUCAUCGAAUAUUCGAAAUCCAUCGAAUACUCGAAAAAGAAAUAGCAAGAAAAAUUUUUUACCUGGAAUAAUCAAAAUUUAUCCUAGAAAAAAAGGCUGUUACGAAACCGAAAAAUUUGAUUCUAAUGAAAAUAUUUUACAUCAUUCACCAUCAUCUUCUGUUUUUCAUUGUGAAUUGAUGACUGCUAAUAAUAAUGUUCUUUCUUUUAGCAGUCCGAAUUUACAAGUUACUACAUCCACUAUUGAACCUCAACCUUUUAUGAAUAUUGAUUUUUCUUCAGAAAACAAUUAUUUUAUUGAUACAAAUCAACAAGAUUACGUUCAACAAUUUUUCUUUUCUGAUAACUCAACAAUCAAUAUUAGUCAUCAUGAGGACACUUUGUUAUAUUAUAAUCCUGUAAAUGUUUAA